CGCUGCAGGCGCCUGCACGACGUCGCACUCGUCUUCGUCCUGAACUACCAUCCUCCCCGCUCAGGAAGCGCACUCUCUUGUAUAUCACGACCACGAAAAACACACUCACGCGUUCACUACAUCUUCCGCGGGCUCUGGACAUGAACGGACACGCACUCAACGGCGCGACGGGGAACGGCGCCGGCGCAGACGCGAGCACGGAGCGCAUUCAGGUUGUCAACGAGGAGAAGCAGUUCACACAGGAGCUGAGUGCUCAGGUGGAACGAUGGGGUCUGCGCGAUGCAGGCUUCAACUAUAACAUUGUCGCCGUGUUUGGCUCUCAGUCUACUGGCAAAAGCACGCUGCUGAACAGGCUCUUCGGCACUACGUUCGAUGUCAUGGACGAGACCAGGCGACAGCAAACGACGAAGGGUAUUUGGAUGUGCCGCGCAAAGGCGAUGAACCUCCUUGUCAUGGACGUCGAGGGAACGGACGGACGAGAGCGCGGCGAGGACCAGGACUUCGAGCGCAAAUCCGCCCUCUUCUCCCUCGCCUCCUCCGAAAUCCUCAUUGUCAACCUCUGGGAGCACCAAGUUGGCCUCUACCAGGGCGCCAACAUGGGCCUCCUCAAGACCGUCUUCGAGGUUAACCUCGGGCUAUUCGGCAAGAAGCCCAAAGACGGCACCCAGAGCCGCACCCUGCUCCUCUUCGUCAUCCGCGACCACAUUGGCACGACCCCACUCGAGAACCUGCGCGCCACGCUCACCGCUGACCUGCUCCGUAUCUGGGACAACCUCGCCAAGCCCGACGAGCUGAAGGACCGGCAGCUGUCCGACUACUUUGACCUCGACUUUACGGCACUGCCGCAUAAGGUCCUGGUCCCCGACAAGUUCGAGGCGGAGGUGGCGAACCUGCGCACGCGGUUCGGGAACAAGGAGAAGAGCGACUACCUGUUUAAACCUGUGUACCAUAAGAGGAUUCCCGCCGAUGGUGUAUCUAUGUAUAUGGAGAAUAUCUGGGAACAAGUGCAGAGCAACAAGGACCUGGAUUUGCCAACACAACAAGAGCUCUUGGCGCAGUUCCGCUGCGACGAGAUCUCUGCUGUGGCGUUGAACGAGUUCAAUGACCAGGCGAAGUCACAAAAGCGUCCUAUCGAGGCUGGGAAGGUGAUAGAGGGCCUCGGUAAGAUGAUGAACGCCUGGAGAACACAGGCCCUUGAACGCUACGACCGCGACGCCUCCCGGUAUCACCAGGGCGUAUACAAGCGGAAGCGCGCAGACCUCCUCGCCGUCAUCGAGUCUUCUCUGUCACCUAUGUUCCUCGGGCAGCUCAAGAACCUGCAUAAAGCAUGCCUGACCGCCUUCAAGAAGGAGAUCGUCGACGGGAUGAAGGGCGAGGGCUACGACUUCGCUGAGAUUGUCACGAAGGCGCGCUCGACCUGCGAGACGCGGUUCACGGAGGGCGCAAAGGAGGCGCUCAUCGAGGACACGGACUGGGUGUGGGAGGAUGAGCUGGAGUUGCUGAAGGAGGAAGUACGAAGUGUGGCGGACCAGUGCAGGAAGGAUGAGACGAAGAAGAUGAUCAACCAGAUUGAGCGCAACUUCAAGAAGCAGAUCGCGGAGCCGGUGGAUGUGGCGUUGAAUCAGCCCGCACCAGACAUGUGGGACAAGGUGCUCAAGGCGUUCCGCCAGACACUCGACAAGGCGGAGGCGACCUACUUGACGAAGGCGAAGAGCUUCAACUGCACUGAGGAAGAGAACACCACAUCCCUCGCUACCCUCCGCAAGCGGGCAUGGCUAGCACUGCGCGCCAAGGUCGACGAGCACACCUCGGACGCCGUCUUCAUCGGCAAGAUGCGCGCCUACUUCGAGGAGCGCUUCCGCUACGAUGAGCACGGCGUCCCGCGCGUCUGGAAGCCCGAGGACGACAUCGACAGCCACUUCAAGAAGGCGCGCGAUCAUGCGCUUGAGCUCAUCCCCCUCUACGCCAAGAUCGCGCCGCAAGAUUCCUCUUUGCAAGUCGAACUGCCCGACGAGCCGACGGACAGCCUGACGCAGGAGGACUUCGACUUCGAGGCGUCGCUGACCGUGUUCACCGAGACGAAGACGAUGGAUCUGACAAACAAGUUCAGGAAGGACGCGGAUGCGUUCUAUGUGGAGGCGAAGCGGAGUACGGUUGCGAGUGUGGCGCAGAUUCCGGUGUGGAUGUACGGGGUGCUGGUGGUGCUUGGCUGGAACGAGGCGAUGGCGGUGUUGUUCAACCCGAUGUACUUCACGAUGCUGCUCAUCAGCUUGGUGUCGGCAUACAUCAUCAUCCAGCUCGGCCUUGCUGGCCCAUUGUUCCAGGUCUUGCGAACUAUCACAGGCGAGGUGCAACGACAAGCAUACGCUCGUUUGCAAGAGCACUUCUCGCAACCCACCAUCGCUCAGCCCGUUCGUGACGCAAAGACAGCGCGCGAAGAGGAAGACGUAACGAAAAGGCAGGGCAGCGACCCGAACUACUAAUCUAUUUGUGCAUGCCAUCUACUUAGCUACCGCGCUUGAGGGAGACAAUGGCCGGACGUUGGCUUCCCGCAUGUAUUCACGACUUUUGGAUGGAUUCUAAAGUAUUAUAACUUUGUCUGAGUGUAGAACAUCGUAUGCUAAGAACACGUCGCCAUUUAGAUGACUGGGAGGGGGUUGGCCUGGCUAUCGCACGUGGGGCGGUCAUCAAGGA